AAAUACUAUAUAUGGUAUAAUUUAAAUCAUCUCCCUCAGCAUAAGCACCGAAAUUCUCAGGAUGUUUCUGCUUGGUUCUAUCGCUGGCCAGUUAUGUGUACCAUUCUACAGGAAAUAGAUUACUUAAUGCACGAUAAACUACCCCCUCCACUUCUUGAUCCAGGCAGAAAAUGA